AUGAUUUUGAGUAGAGCCGUGCCCUCUGCCCUGGCCUCCUUCCCUCGUUCAAUGAAAGGGUCGGAGCUGCGCGUAUGGCCAGGGAUGAGACAGCUUUCUUUAAGAAAGACUCUUGUGUAUGGAUUUGUGAGGCUCUUAUCAAUGCCAUUCAAGACCCUGCGGGGAGUUAGCCAAACAAUCGGAGGAGUUUCUAAUUUUUGCAGCAUCACCAAUAUGUCAUCCACUUUGCAAAUUGAGCUGGUGCCCUGUCUUAAGGAUAACUAUGCAUAUCUGUUACAUGAUGUGGAUACUGGGACAGUUGGAGUGGUUGAUCCUUCUGAAGCAGUACCUGUUAUAGAUGCAUUGAAUAGGAAAAAUUGGAAUUUGACUUACAUCCUGAACACUCAUCACCAUUUUGAUCACACUGGUGGAAAUAUGGAGUUAAAGGAAAGGUAUGGCGCAAAGGUGAUUGGAUCAGGAUUAGACAAGGAGAGAAUACCUGGCAUAGAUAUUGCUUUGAACGACGGGGACAAAUGGAUGUUUGCAAGCCAUGAGGUGCUUGUGAUGGCAACUCCUGGUCAUACACGAGGCCAUAUUAGCUUCCACUUCCCUGGUUCAAAAUCAAUUUUUACGGGAGACACUUUGUUCAGCUUAUCAUGUGGCAAGCUUUUUGAAGGAACUCCGCAGCAGAUGCUUUCUUCCCUGAGGAAGAUCACGUCGUUGCCUGAUGAUACAAAUAUAUAUUGUGGUCACGAAUAUACAUUGAGUAAUUCAAAAUUUGCCCUUUCAAUAGAACCAGGGAAUGACGAGUUGCAGUCUUAUGCUGCCCAUGUAGCCCAGCUCCACAGCAAGGGCUUGCCUACGAUCCCGACUUCACUGAGAAAGGAAAAGUCAUGCAAUCCGUUCCUUCGGACUUCAAGCAAAGUAAUCCGGAAGUCAUUGAAUAUCCCUGACUCAGCAGAUGAUGCCGAAGCCUUGGGAGUCAUUCGCAAAGCCAAGGACAACUUUUAG